GCAAGGUGCAGCAUGUGGCUAGCAGGCAGAAUAAAGACUGCUUGGUAGUUGCUAUGGCUGAGUGCAGACCUGUCAUAAAUGGUGUUCCAAAUGAGGUCAUUGUCUGCAAAUGCUGUAGGUCAGAAACAAUGCAAGAUGGAGGGCAGAUGACGAGCAAUCCUGGCACAGAGGCUGGUGACCUUGACAAAGCUGCGUGCAUUGCUCCCACGCGACGUAGGUGUUGUGAGGCUGCUUUGACAUCCAGCUGCAGGCCUGCCAGCUCUGAUGCCCAGGCUGUUUGUGAAGGAGCUGGUGCUAACAUAACCAGAGUUCCUAACACUGUCACUUUAUUGCAUGGUGGAGGCAGCAAAGUUUAUUUAAAUGCAACAUUUGAUAAUUCUAUUUCUUUCAGGCAAAGCUUUGAUGAAUGGUGCAGGGAGGGCAAGCACAUAGUCACAAUAAGUAGGUCUCAUAGAAGUCCAUUUGCAACAGAAUCUAAAGAGUUUGAGUAUAUUAGGAUUUCAUAUAGCUGUGUUCAUGGUCGUGCUAUAAAACCAAGAGGCACAGGAAAGCGACCCAAGCAAGCAUACAAUGGUACUGGUUGUGAAAUGGCAGUUUCAGUAAGCCUGUGCAAAUCACCUACUCUUCACCACAAAAUAACCAAGCUGCAAGCUAAGCAUAAUCACGCCACGAAGUAUUAUGACUUGUAUCCUCAAAGCAGGCUUCUAAACGAUGCAGAGAAGGUAGAAUUCUUUGAUUUUGCCAAAUGUAAUAUUGGCCCAAAGUAUUUUAAAAGUUUGGUCGAACAGAAAACGGGCAAGAAAUUAACUACAAAAGAUGUUAACAAUUACAAGCAAAGGUUUUCUAUUCCUAUUCGCAACGAGCAGGCUCACGGAGAAAUGGUUUUGGAAAAAAUAGACACCUUGUUAGCAAAUAAUCCAAACUGGGUCAUUCACUAUGAAAAGAAUCAAAGUAAUAACCUGCAAUUUGUGUUACUUCAGACAACGCACAUGCGUGAGAUUUUGGAAAAGUACCCAGAGAUUUUAUUUAUUGAUGGAACAUAUAAAGUAAACAUUGAAGGCUAUAUCUUGUACUCUAUAUUGGUUGAAGAUGGUGGAGGUCGUGGGAGACCUGUGUGUUAUGCCUUUUUGCAGAAUGAAACGACUGAAAUUGUGCAGGCUAUGUUUGCCAAGUUUGCAGAGUUUAACCCGUUCAUUGUAUCUGCUUGCAGAGUAGUCAUGAUAGAUAAAGACAUGAACGAGCUACGCAUUUUGACCAAGAUUCUUCCUAAUUCUGAAAUUUUGUUGUGUACAUGGCAUGUGCUGCAAUGCUUUCAGCAAAAAGUCAAUGAGAAAGCUAGACUGCAGCGUGAUCAGUUACUCCCUCUGUUAAAAAAAAUUGUUUAUUCCUUCACUGUGCAGGACUACUUAGACAGGCUUGCUGAGCUCGAAGCUAUGGCAUCUAAAGAUUUUAUUUCUUAUUACAUGCAGAACUGGCACUCCUGUAAAGAAAUGUGGGUACAUGCAUAUCGGCAGAAACUUCCUACAUUUGGUCCACUGAUGUACCAGCUGCAUGCAUUCACACUACCAUCAAGUCAUCAGGAGCGUCUGUACCUCUAUCUAAAUAUUACACUAUUGUCUAAGGUGGAAAAUGAGACUUGUAUAUUUUGCUGUAAUGGUUCUGCCAAUAAAAGAUUGAUUAUACAUAUUUCUUUUCUUGCAAAGCUGGCAUUGUGUAUGUAACAGGCCAGUGCAGCAUAUAAGCUAUAACU